AUGGACAGGUGCAGAACUUAUCAAGGCGUUAUCACAUAUGGAUACGGCACCAUCGCCAAAUAUGGUCACGUAGAAUGCGAUUGGUGGGACAGUCCGACGGUACGUCUGAUAAGGCGCGUUUUAUAUACAUUAUCCCCAGCACUCGAGACUCAUUUUGUAAAGUGGCCGACGCUGGGACAGUCGCCUUUUUUAUUUUUAAUAAAUUUAUAUAAAUACUAA